AUGUCCCGGCGGUGGCUGCUGCUGCUGCUGCUCCUGGUGCGGAUGGAGGCGGGCGUGAGCCGGGAGGGGCCGGGGGGGCCGGGGGGGGGCCGGGGGGCCCCCCUGGAGGGGUCCCUGCUCCAGCCCCUCGACCACUUCGACCGCCUGGAGGGACGCAGCCUCAGCCAGCGGUACUGGAUCAACCGGGAAUUCUGGCAGCGGCCGGCUGGACCCGUCUUCCUGCUGCUCGGGGGGGAGAGCGGCAUGUCCCCGGGGGUCCUGAGCAGGGGCCACGUGGUGGAGCUGGCGCGGGCGCACAGGGCGCUGCUGGCGGGGCUGGAGCACCGCUUCUACGGGGGCAGCCGGGGAACGGGGGGGCCGGGGGGCCCCGACCUGCGCUUCCUCUCCAGCCAGCAGGCCCUGGCCGACCUGGCUGCCUUCCGGCUCCACGUCACGAGCGCGUGGGGCCUCAGCCCCAACCACACCUGGGUCUGUUUCGGGGCCUACGCCGGCGCCCUCGCCGCCUGGGCGCGCCUCAAGUUUCCCCACCUGGUGUCUGCCGCCGUCGCCUCGUCCGCUCCCAUCCGGGCUCAGGUUGACUUCGCCGGAUACAACCGUGUCGUCUCAGCCGCCCUCUCCAGCCCCACCGUGGGGGGGUCCCCAGAGUGCCUGAGGGCGGUGACGGCGGCCUUCGCGGCGCUGGACGGGCGGUUGCGUGGCCGGCGGUUGGCGGGGGUGGCGCGGGAUUUCUCCUGUUGCCGACCCCCCCGGGAACCGGGGGACCGGGAGCUGCUGGCCGAGAACGUGGCCGACGUCUUCGCCGGGGCGGUGCAGUACAACGGCCGCCGUCCCGGUGAUUCGGUGGCCGCUCUUUGCCGCGCCAUGACCGACGGCCGCCGCGGCUCCCCGUACCGCCGGCUCGUGGCCGUCAACAAGGCCUCCCUGCGGCGCGGGGGGCUGCCCUGCACCCCCAGUUCGCGGCGGGCGGCCGUGCGGGAGCUGCGUCGCCCCACGGCCUGGGGCAGCCGCCGGCUCUGGCUCUUCCAGACCUGCACCGAGUUCGGCUUCUACCCCAGCUGCCGGGACGCCGCCUGCCCCUUCUCCCGCUUCCAGACGCUGCGGGCACAGCUCAGCCUCUGCGCCGACGUCUUCGGCAUCGCCCCGGCACGCGUCCGGGCCGCCGUCGCCUUUACCAACGCCUUCUACGGGGCCGCGCACCCCGACACCCACCGCGUCCUCUUCGUCAACGGCGCGCUGGACCCCUGGCACGUGCUGAGCGCGGGGGGGGGCCGUUCGGGGGUGCUGAUCGCGGGGGCCUCCCACUGCGCCGACAUGGCCCCCCCCCGCCCCGGGGACCCCCCGGCGCUGAGGGCCGCCCGCCAGCGCCAGGGGGCGGCACCGAACGGCCUCUGUGGGCGUGGCUACGCGCCCGAGGGGCGUGACUAUGGCGCUAACGGGCGGGGCUACGGGCGGCGGGGCGGGGCCCGGGUAGCUUUCUCGCGCGCAUGCGCGGGGGGUGGGCCCUUGGGCCCCGUCACGUGA